CCAGUCGACCUCGACGAGCCCCCGAGUGUUUAUCAUAGUCUGACGUUGUGGCAUUCGGAAAGAUUCAGUUUUUAUCGUGAAGCGGACAAGUGCAGACGACCAAAAUGAAGUCUUUCAUUAAUUACGGAAAUGAGACCGAAUUCCCUAUCGAGAAUUUGCCCUAUGGGGUCUUCUCAACUGCUGACAAUUCUCAGAAGCGGAUUGGAGUUGCAAUUGGGGAGCAUAUUCUCGAUUUAUCCGUCAUCUCUCACCUAUUCACUGGUCCAUUACUGGUGAACAAGCAGGAUGUCUUCCGCCAGGAGAGUCUCAACGAUUUUAUGGCUUUGGGGAGGCCUUCCUGGGUUGAGGCUAGACUUCAAAUUCAAAAGCUACUGGGGGUGGAGUGUACGACUCUUCAGGAGGAGCCACUGCGAUCAAAAGCACUUGUUCCCCAAGCGUCCGCAACAAUGCACAUUCCUGCAAAAAUUGGAGACUAUACUGAUUUUUACUCUUCGAUUCACCACGCUACCAAUGUCGGUAUGAUGUUCAGGGGGAAAGAGACAGCCCUCAUGCCAAACUGGAAAUAUUUGCCGGUCGGUUAUCACGGGAGAGCCAGUUCAGUCGUUGUUUCCGGAACACCGAUUCGCCGACCCCGCGGGCAGACACUUCCGGUGGAGGGUGAGGCACCAGUUUACGGGCCUUCGAGGCUCAUGGAUUUCGAGCUUGAGGUUGCAUUCUUCGUGGGUGGCCCACCUACCAAUCUCGGUGACACUGUUACAGCAUCCAAGGCUUAUGAUCAUAUUUUUGGAAUGGUUCUGAUGAAUGAUUGGAGUGCUCGGGACAUUCAAAAAUGGGAGUACGUCCCCCUGGGCCCAUUCGGCGCGAAAAAUUUGGGAACAACAAUUUCUCCGUGGGUGGUGACAAUGGAGGCACUGGAGCCCUUCAAAGUUCCCAACAUGGCCCAGGAUCCAGCCCCCUUUCCCUACCUCCAGCACCCCCAGUCCUGCAACUUCGAUAUCAAACUCGAAGUUGACAUAAAACCUGCAAAUGGAGUUGUUACAACGGUCUCUCGCAGCAACUACAAGUUCAUGUACUGGACACCUCAGCAACAGUUGGCUCAUCACACCGUGACUGGAUGCAAUAUCAAUCCUGGCGAUUUGAUGGCAUCGGGCACGAUAAGUGGAGAGUCUGCCGACUCUUAUGGAUCGAUGCUAGAACUCUCCUGGAAGGGAUCAAAACCGAUUUCUAUGCAGGAUAACACUACCAGGAAAUUUUUGCAAGAUCAUGAUGAAGUUAUCAUCAGAGGCUACUGCAUCGGCGAUGGCUACAAGGUCGGCUUCGGCCAGGCAGCAGGAAAACUCCUCCCCGCGCAUUCCGAGUAAUGACGACAGCUUGAAUAAUGGCAAUUGAUUUCUAUGAAUAAAAUGACAAAUGUAUUGUAUUGA